AUGUAUCCAAUGUAUGUUCUUGGAAGUGAUAUCUCACCCUUCAAUGUUACGAGUGCAAUGAAGGUUCGCGUUAUUCGUGCAUACAAUGUAUCGGAGAGGACAGGAAGCAAUGCAAUCAGAUGCAAGGAAAUUGUGUUUCAUGAUUCUGAGGUGAUAACAGAUGCAAGGAAAUCAAUAUGUAAUUGGAAAGUGGCUGAAAUAUACUCACCUCAAGAAAAAAUGAUUUCUGGGAGAACAACUCGGCUUAUAGACUUUAUCAUUGAGGAUUUAAGUGGAAAUCAGAUUAGGUGUACUCUAUGGGAUGAUCAUGUUGGUAAGAUUGAGCCAUUUUUUAAUGCAAGUAGUCAUGAACCAAUGGUGGUGAUCUUGCAGUUCUGUCGAAUUAGGAGAGAUGCCACGAAUGGCGAGGUGAGGCUUUGCAGCUCAUAUGAUGUGACACAAGUCCUUAUUAACCAGCAAUCUAAAGAGUUUUUGGAGUUUAGGGAGAGUUUAAUUCUUCGUGGUGUGCAAACACCCAUGAGGAGCAUUGAAUCCUUUCCAAUGAUGGAGCAGACCCAAUGUAAUGCUCAAGAUAUGAAAACUAUCAGUGAAAUUUACCAAACCAGAGAGUAUGGGGACUACUGGGUUGCAGCUAGGAUAGUUGCUAUAGAGGAUUCUGUCAAUUGGUAUUACAGUUCAUGUAGAGCUUCUAGCUGUAACAAGAAGCUUGAGUCAACAGGUGGGCUAUAUUACUGUACAAAAGUGUGA